UCAAAAUUUUCUCUCUCCAUCUCUCACUUCUCGCAAUAAAAACCUCUGUUUUUCCCUCUUCCCCUGCCCUGUCUUCUUUCCAAGCAUUAAAAAUUCACUCUCUCUCUCCUUCUGAUCUCUCUCUCUCUUGACUCUUCUUCUUCUUCAUCAUCUCCAAUCCUAACCCUUUUCUUUAAAUUCUCAAAAAAGCAAAGCAAACUUGUCCUGUCUUUUCAGAACAGAGCUUUGCCUUCUCAUUUCUUCUUGAUCUUUAUCGUUUCUUUCCCACUUUUCUUGAGACUUUCCUCAUUUCCCCAACAUGGGUUCUUGCAAACAAGAACAACAACAACAAACGCCAAAACCAUGCAGCACGACUACAGUUUUGGUCCAAGGCCCAAUCCUAGUAGGCGCAGGGCCAUCAGGCUUAGCCGUCUCCGCUUCCCUCUCUAAACAAAACAUCCCUUCCCUCAUCCUCGAGAAAAGCGACUGCAUAGCCUCUCUGUGGCAACACCGAACCUACGACCGCCUCAAACUCCACCUCCCCAAGCACUUCUGCGAGCUCCCUUUCCUCGGAUUCCCCGAACACUUCCCCAAGUACCCCACCAAGCACCAGUUCAUCUCCUACAUGGAAUCCUACGCUGCCCACUUCAACAUCAAGCCCCGCUUCAACCAGAACGUCCACACCGCCAACUUCGAUCCCCUUUCCGGCUUCUGGACCGUCCGGACCGACGAUUCCGUCUACAUUUCUCGCUGGCUUAUCGUCGCUACCGGCGAGAACGCCGACCCCGUUGUGCCCGAGAUUCUCGGGAUUGACAGGUUUCAAGGGAGGGUUGUUCACACCAGCGGGUAUAAGUCCGGGUUUCAGUUCAGAAACCAGAGGGUCUUGGUCGUUGGGUGUGGGAAUUCUGGCAUGGAAGUUAGCUUGGACCUUUGUAGACACAAUGCCAUUCCUCACAUGGUUGUCAGAAAUACGGUCCAUGUUCUGCCUAGAGAGAUACUAGGCUUCUCAACGUUCGGAAUUGCAAUGGCGCUUGUCAAGUGGAUACCGCUAAAGCUAGUUGACAAGAUCCUUCUAUUAGCGGCAAACUUCACAUUAGGGAAUACUGACCAAUUAGGACUUAAGCGGCCGAAAACCGGUCCGAUUGAGCUCAAAAAUGCCACCGGGAAAACUCCUGUUCUUGACGUUGGAGCUUUGUCCCAAAUAAGAUGCGGAAAGAUCAAGGUGAUGGAACGUGUGAAAGAGAUAACGAGGAAUGGAGCAAGAUUUAUGGAUGGACAAGAAAAGGAGUUUGAUUCUAUAGUUUUAGCAACUGGGUACAAAAGCAACGUUCCUACCUGGCUCAAGAGUUGUGAUUUUUUUACCAAAGACGGAAUGCCGUUUCCUAACGGCUGGAAGGGAGAGAAUGGUCUUUAUACUGUUGGCUUCACAAGAAGAGGCCUCCUUGGAACGGCCUCUGACGCCGUUAAUAUUGCCAAAGACAUUGCUGAUCAGUGGAGGACAAGCAAGGAAUUAUGCAAGAACUCUUGUAAUUCCCAUCUUAUCCUAAUAAAAAAAUCAUAACCGGAUUCCAGUCGUAACGGAAAAAAAAAAUCCAAACAAAAAA